CCCGCAACGCCCGGCCCGAUCGAGCCCCGCAUCCCGGCCAUGGCGGCGGCCCGCAGCGACAGCGAGAAGCGGAAGCAGAUCAGCGUGCGGGGCAUUGCGGGGCUGGGCGACGUGGCCGAGGUGCGGAAAAGCUUCAACCGGCACCUGCACUUCACGCUGGUCAAGGACCGCAACGUGGCCACCCCCCGCGACUACUUCUUCGCGCUGGCGCACGCGGUGCGGGACCACCUGGUGGGGCGCUGGAUCCGCACCCAGCAGUGCUACUACGAGCGGGACCCCAAGCGUAUUUAUUACCUGUCUCUGGAAUUCUACAUGGGCCGCACCCUGCAGAAUACAAUGGUGAACCUGGGUAUGCAGAAUGUCUGUGAUGAAGCCAUUUACCAGCUGGGUCUGGACUUGGAGGAGCUGGAAGAAAUCGAAGAAGAUGCUGGCCUGGGUAACGGAGGGCUGGGUCGCCUGGCAGCUUGCUUCCUCGACUCCAUGGCGACGCUGGGGCUGGCAGCCUAUGGCUACGGGAUCCGAUACGAAUUUGGCAUAUUUAAUCAGAAGAUUCUCGAUGGCUGGCAGGUGGAGGAAGCCGAUGAUUGGCUGCGCUAUGGCAACCCCUGGGAAAAAGCCCGCCCUGAGUAUAUGCUUCCUGUGCAUUUCUACGGCCGAGUGGAGCACACUGCGGAGGGCGUGAAGUGGAUCGAUACUCAGGUAGUUCUUGCCAUGCCUUAUGAUACCCCCGUGCCAGGAUACAAGAACAACACCGUGAACACAAUGAGACUGUGGUCUGCCAAAGCACCCAAUGACUUCAACCUUCAGGAGUUUAAUGUGGGUGAUUAUAUCGAGGCUGUGUUGGAUCGAAACCUGGCAGAAAACAUCUCCCGAGUCCUGUAUCCGAAUGACAAUUUCUUCGAAGGGAAAGAACUGCGGCUGAAGCAGGAAUACUUCGUGGUAGCUGCCACCCUGCAGGACAUCAUUCGCCGGUUCAAGUCUUCCAACUUCGGCUCCCGAGACCCAGUCAGGACAUGCUUUGAGACCUUCCCAGACAAGGUCGCCAUUCAGCUGAACGACACUCACCCAGCACUUUCCAUCCCGGAGCUCAUGCGGAUCCUGGUGGACGUGGAGAAAAUGGAGUGGGAGAAGGCCUGGGAGGUCACCAAGCGGACCUGCGCCUACACCAACCACACCGUGCUGCCCGAGGCCCUGGAGCGCUGGCCAGUCACCAUGUUCGAGAAGCUGCUGCCGCGCCACCUGGAGAUCAUUUAUACCAUCAACCAAAGACAUCUGGAUCACGUGGCCGCCCUCUACCCCGGAGACCUAGACCGUCUGCGCAGGAUGUCCGUGAUCGAGGAAGGGGACUGCAAGAGGAUUAACAUGGCCCACCUCUGCGUGAUCGGCUCCCACGCCGUCAAUGGGGUGGCCAGGAUUCACUCCGAAAUCGUGAAGAAUUCCGUAUUCAAAGAUUUCUAUGAGAUGGAACCAGAGAAAUUCCAGAACAAGACGAACGGCAUCACUCCGCGGCGCUGGCUCCUGCUGUGCAACCCAGGACUCGCAGGUGUCAUUGCUGAGAAAAUCGGAGAAGAUUUUGUAACGGAUCUGAGCCAGCUGAAGAAGUUACUGGAUUUUGUCGAUGACGAGGUGUUUAUCCGGGAUGUGGCCAAAGUUAAACAGGAGAACAAGCUCAAGUUCUCGGCCUACUUGGAGGAGACGUACAAGGUGAAAAUCAACCCGUCCUCCAUGUUCGACGUGCACGUGAAGCGGAUUCACGAGUACAAGAGGCAGCUCCUCAACUGUCUGCACAUCAUCACCCUCUACAACCGCAUGAGAAAAGACCCAUCAAAGUCCUUUGUGCCAAGGACGGUGAUGAUUGGAGGAAAGGCAGCUCCCGGCUACUACAUGGCCAAAAUGAUUAUCAAACUGAUCACGUCCAUCGGGGACGUCAUCAAUAACGAUCCCUAUAUAGGAGAUCGACUCAAAGUCAUCUUCUUGGAGAACUACAGGGUGUCCUUUGCUGAGAAAGUGAUUCCCGCGGCCGAUCUGUCCCAGCAGAUCUCCACGGCCGGCACCGAGGCCUCAGGCACGGGGAACAUGAAGUUCAUGCUGAACGGCGCCCUCACCAUCGGGACCAUGGACGGGGCCAACGUGGAGAUGGCGGAGGAAGCCGGCGAGGAGAAUCUGUUCAUCUUCGGCAUGCGGGUGGAGGACGUGGAGGCGCUGGACAAGCGAGGGUACAAUGCUAGGGAAUACUAUGAGCGCAUUCCAGAGCUGAGACAAGCCAUCGACCAGCUCAGCAGCGGCUUCUUCUCGCCUAAAGACCCUGGCUGCUUCCGGGAUGUCGUCAAUAUGUUGAUGAACCACGACAGAUUUAAAGUGUUUGCUGACUACCAGGCCUACAUGGAGUGUCAGGGCCGCGUUGACCAGUUGUACAGGAAGCCAAGAGAGUGGACUAAGAAGGUCAUCAAGAACAUUGCUUCCUCGGGGAAGUUUUCCAGUGACAGGACGAUCACCGAGUAUGCCAGAGAAAUCUGGGGUGUGGAGCCGUCAGCUGUGAAGAUCCCCCCACCUAACAUCCCCAGGGAAUAAGCUGGGCACUAAAUGUGUGUCUGGUUGAUCCAGGCUUAAGGUGCUUCUGGUUUCCAGCUAGGUUUGCACAGAUGAACUUACACUAGUUGAGGGUCUGGAAUCUAUGAAAUAGGGCAUUCGCCAGGGAGAAGAGGGUGCUUUUAAUAAGAGCAGCGGGGGAGAUGUUGGCCAAAGCCUUGUGUGUGAAAACAAGUAAAACAAAAAGAGCAGCAGGAAACCGGGUUAGAACUAAGGCUAUUCGGUGUGUUACUCAUUUAACCAACGUGCAUGUCCUGUACUGUGUUGAGUGAGCUAAUGGCUGCAUAGGCUUCCUGAAGCUACAUCCCAUGCUAGGCCAAGCACUUAGUGAAAGUCUUGUUUUCCCCUUCUGUAGAAAGGCUGCGCUAGUCUCCGUAGAGGGGUGAGCUCUGAACACCCUGCUCAGGUGAUCUGAGCCUACCCACGCCUCCCACCCUGCCAGUCACUGCGUUCUGACACCUUCCAGCCACGGGCAGAGCUGGGACACAGGUUAGGUGAAGCAGGAGUGGAGCCAAAACACCUCAUUUUCCCUAUUAACGUUUUAUGGCUCAAGGUAAAUGACCCCACCCUCGCGAGGUGGCUAGUUUUGCUGCAUUGGUUGAAAUAGGAUUAAACGCCACUAGCCAGCCGGCCUGUUUUAAUGAUCAC